CUGCCUUCGGGGGGACUCUGUCGGGAUCGGGGGCAGGGUGAUGUAUAAGCAUCGAGAGCAGUCGACACUUUCCCUGUCCACAGCAGCCUGUAGGAGUGCACAUUGCCAUCAACAUCCAAUCCGACAUCAUGACAACACUCGAUCCGUCCCACUUCCCAUCGCUAAGCCUCGCCUCAACGGACGAUCGAACCCACGGCGCUGCCACCCACCCGGUCCGGCUCGACCAUCCGGCGUCGUCCUCAUCCGCUGGGCUUGACGAAGAUCCGGAUCUCCCGAGCCCCACAUCCUCCUUCUUCGAGCCCAAAGAGCUCCCCCAUCGAUUGGCCACGCUUCAGUUACCCGAUCUUCGCUUCGAACAGGGCUAUCUCUUGAGUCUCAUGCCCUUUUUCCACUUCCAUCGCCCCACCAAUCUCGAUCAAUCAAACCAUGUCGAUUGCAAUCAAACCCGCCCUCCGUACGUCUUUGGGAAAGAGGAAGCUCCCAUCAUGGCCGUCCCCGAUCUGACCUCGGCCGAGCCUGAUAAUUAUUACCUCGGAUCUAAUUUCUACGUGGAGUGGAAGAUGGUGGUGUAUGUAACGCUGAGAGAUCAGCUCUUCUAUCCGCUUCUUCAGGGCUGCUUAUGGGGCUCCGCAUCACUCGUCGUAUCUCAUUUCUGGAGAAUCCGUGCCAAUUACCGAAGACCUCCGAAACCUAUGGCUAAGGUUCCUUCAGAGCAAUCUCCAGGCCCAAGGCUCCCCAAACCGGAAACAUUAUAGGCCCGAUUUGUGGGCACCAUCUGGGGCGGAAUUCAAACUAAUGUAACACUAUCCUGACGGAUUUUGAGGCAGCGACUAGCCCCUCCUUUUUUUUUCUAGAAAUGUAUUAACUUAACUUAACUCGCAAGUAGUAGCCCCGCAGGGUUCACGUGAUUUUGUAAGGAUGCUGGUACCCAGCGCAUUGUAUCGGUUAUUUUGAUCAGCCUAACGCGCUCUGAAUGUAGACCUAGCGAGUCAAUCGUGGCACUUUCCAUGGACUUUACAAACCCACUCCCUUGAUGGGACCAAAACAGCCUCAGGC